AUGCUUCGUUCUCAGCGCAGUACCUCUGAUGACCCAAUGCAUAACUGCUGGAACCACAGUCAGCAGUCUCUACCUCCUUUGCAGAAUCGGCGUAUGCCUGAUCACUGGAAGGUCGAGUUCCAAGUCGUAUUUCCCUUUUCUACCAUCCUCAAGUUUGCUUUCAUGACUCUAUGCACAAUUUCUCUUGGACAUAACGACCUUGAGGGCGUGUGGGACAUAUGUCUAGGACAUGAAGAAAUCUGGACAGAAAGUAAAGACCGGGUAUUGAACAGGAUAUCUACCAUUACCGUUGUCGCAGGAUUGCUUCUUGGCUCUAUCGCGUCAUUCGCGACUUCUGACCCACCUGUACGGAGUAUGCUCAACUACAAUGCGCGCGAGCCAUACAUGUGUCUCCUCCUAGCAUUUGGUCUUACCUUGGGUGGCCUCAUUGUCGGUUCUGCGUUAUUGUUCGGCUUGGCAAAGUGCUCUGCAAGUUAUUUUCGCGAUGUGCGUACUCUCAUGGGAACUCGCUCAUCCAUCUGCUGCACACUGACGUUGCUUGCGUACCCUUUUGUUUGUAUUGGUGUCGCGACUUCGAUCGGGGCAACAGGUUCGUCAUGCCCACCAUACGCUAUCCCUGACAACUCAGUGAUGUUUUUCUCUUACCAAGGGCUUUUUGUGGCUGCGUGGAAUUCCGAAGACCGAUUUUUCCGAACUGGAUUUGUGUUCGUGUUGCUGAUCCCAGUGUCGCUAGUUUUUGUUUUUGCAUGGACUCAGCGCUUUCUGGGAUCACCACCCUCUCGUGAUCGAUAUCCAAAUUGCUGA